CUGCCGCUAGCCGAACAACCCAAGCGGGAAGAGAGAGAUCCUCUUCCUCCUGUGCCUAGGGUUAGGGUUUUUGUUUCCCCUUCUCCUCAGGCUCGUAAGCUACUGUUAGGGUUUCUCCUUCCUCCUCAGGAUCGAAAGAAAUGCGGCCUCCGAGGGGCCGUGGCGGCGGUUUCAGGGGCAGAGAUGGUGGCCGCUUUGGAGGCCGUGGCGGUGGUGGCCGCUUUGGAGGCCGUGGCGGAGGAUUUCGUGACGAAGGACCCCCUGCUGAAGUCAUAGAGGUUUCGUCUUUUGUCCAUGCCUGCGAGGGAGAUGCGGUCACAAAGCUCACUAAUGAGAAAAUACCUUACUUUAAUGCUCCUAUCUAUCUGCAGAACAAGACCCAGAUUGGGAAGGUCGAUGAAAUAUUCGGCCCCAUCAAUGAAUCAUUUUUUUCGAUUAAGAUGAUGGAAGGCAUUAUAGCAACCUCCUACUCAGAGGGUGACAAGUUUUACAUUGACCCUGCAAAGUUGUUGCCGUUGGCAAGAUUUCUUCCACAGCCAAAGGGACAAGGGCAAGCUGGUGCUAGAGGUGGCAGUCGUGGGGGUGGAAGAGGAGGCCGGGGAGGUGGACGAGGCGGCGGGUUUCGUGGAAGAUCUGGACCGAGGGGAGGCAGAGGUGGCCCUCCUAGAGGCGGUGGUCGUGGGGGUGGUGGAUUUAGGGGGCGAGGCAGAUUCUAGAACUCCAUGUAAUUUUCCAUUGCCAUCUACAUCAAUCGUCAUCCUGGUAUGCAUUUCUGCACUCAAAUUGCAAUUGAACAUCGGCAUUUUUGUAAGUGCAUCCUUUCCUGACAAUGCAAGAGUUUAUGAACUUUAAUUAUAGGCAUUCCUGCUUGUCUGAGGAUUCAUCUAA